ACUAAGGGACAUAUAUCCAGUAGUGUGAAGUAGAGCAGCUUUUGGAAACUCAUGCACGCAAACAGCUAUGGCACGAUUUGGCUUCAAUGCUGGUGCCGAGCAGCUCACGCUGGUAGGGGCUGGAUCGUGGCCUCACAGGCAAAGCAGCACGCGGGAGUGCGGGAACCAGGAUCGUGGCCUCACAAGCAGCGCAAGACGCGCACUACAGGGGCUAGAACGAGGUCACGCACAGUAUAAAAGGAAGCCAUUUUUUCCGUGUAGAGGCUCUUUGGUGGAGAUUCGAGGUCGAAUCCUUUUGAAGAGAGGGGGAAUUAUGGGCACCAAGAUAGACCUAGUCUUAAAGUUUCUUUGCAAGUUCCAGAUGGAUUUCCAUGAUCAUAGACAAGUGAAGAUGCACAACCCUUCCUACUUUGUGUUCAUUCCUGGUCAUGAGUACAACCAUUCAGAGUCUUAUAAUCAAUUAGUGACUAUUCUAUCCCUACGUAUCAUCAAACCUGUCGAUGGAUGGGAAUCAGACAUUGGUGAUGCUCGUUUUGCUGAUGCCAUUGAAGCUAUCAGCAAACCAUUACGAUCAAGUGAUUACUAUAUAUGA